GGGUAAAGAGCCCCGCCCACCCCUGACCUGACUCCACCCCUGGUUUUCACCGUCGCUGAUCACGUGAUUGUUGUGAACCAGGAAGGAGCACUGGUAGAACGCAGUGCAACGCUAUUAAGUAUCAUGUGUGACUGGGUUUUGGACGAUUGGUUUCCAGUUUAAAGGUCCAAUAGGAGGAUCUGGUGGUCCUGAGUUCUUGGAUACGUUCUGGGUUUUAUGAGAAAAGCUGGUCCUACAUCCUGGAGGCUUGAUUAUCUAAUGGGUCUGUUGUCAUGGAGGAUCAUCAGGCACCUACCUGCCUUCCUGAGAUCAUCUCCAACCAGUCCAUUAUUACGGCUCAGAACGCUGGGGUUGCUGUCGUCCCUCAGGUGAUUGGCUGCCGGAUCAGAGAUCUUAACAUCAGUGUUAAUGUUCACUCAGCAGCAUCCGAAACUGUGUCGGGGACAGUGACAGAAAGACUAAAAUCUAGAUUGAAAAGUAAAUUUGAUGUGAUCUUCGAAGGAGUCGCCAAGAGAGGAAACCCAACGUUAUUACGAGACGUCUACACAGAACUCUACGUAACGGAGGGAGAGCGUGGAGGACUGAAUGCCGAACACGAGGUCUGGCAGAUUGACAAAGCGUUUAAUGCACCUUCUGAACGGGACAUAACCAUCAGCUGCAACGACAUCUUCAAACCGUUGACAGUCAGAAACUGUGAACGAAAACUAGGAGAAGACGUUCAGAAGAGACAACCCAGAACUGUGGUGACUAAGGGAAUCGCUGGCAUUGGAAAAACAGUCUCUGUGCAGAAGUUCAUUCUUGACUGGGCUGAGGGAAAUGCCAACCAGGACAUUGAUCUUCUGCUGGUGCUACAUUUCCGUGAGCUGAACUCAAUCAAAGACGAGAAACUGAGUCUUCACAAGCUUCUGCUCUACUUUGACUCUGAACUCAAAGAAUUAGAGAAUUCUAAGUAUUUCAGCUGUAAAAUCCUGUUCAUUUUUGAUGGACUGGAUGAAAGCCAGCUUCCGUUAUGUUUUGGACGUAAUGGAAGAGUCUCAGACGUCUUCAAACCAGCAUCGUUGGAUGAGUUGAUGACUAACCUCAUUGAUGGGAAUCUGCUUCCCUCUGCUUUGAUCUGGAUAACUUCUCGACCGGCUGCAAUCGACAAGAUUCCUCCACACCUCAUCCAUCGCAUGACGGAGGUACGAGGGUUCACAGAUACUCAGAAGGAGGUUUACUUCAGGAAGAGAUUCACCGAUCAAAACUUGGCCAGUAAGAUCAUCUCCCAUGUGAAAGAUUCCAGGAGCCUUGAGAUCAUGUGCCAUAUUCCCGUCUUCUGCUGGAUCACAGCUACAGUCCUGGAACAAAUGCUGAAAGGAGACCAUGAAGAAAUCCCUUCAUCUCUUACCGAGCUCUACACUCGAUUCCUACUCAUCCAAACAAGUGAGAAAAAGAAGAAAUACCUCUGUGCGAAAGAUACCGAUCCUCGGAAGCUGUCUGAAGAUGAUGUUCAGCUUAUUCUUAAACUGGGGAAACUGUCGUUCGACAAUCUGAAGAAGCACAACAUCGUGUUUUCAGAAGAUGAUCUCAAACAGUAUGACGUAGACGUCUCUGAAGCCUCUCUGAGGUCAGGAGUGUUCACCGAAAUCAUCAAAGAGGAGGAUCCGAUGUUCUCUGAGAAGAUGUACAGCUUCGUGCACUUGAGCUUUCAAGAGUAUCUUGCAGCUAUCUAUGUUCUCCACACAUUCGCUAACAAACGAGAGAACGCUCUGCAAACCACCAGAAUCGGCGAAAACAAUGAAAACAAUGAAAACAAUGAAAACAAUGAAAACUAUGAAAACUAUGAAAGCUAUGAAAGCAACUUAAAUAAUGAAUGCAGAGAAGAAAACUUUCCAGAUUCGUUUAUAGAGAAAGUUCCUCAGCAAGAAAUGACGCUGUAUCAUUUACAGAAGUACGCCGUUGACAAAGCUCUGAACCUUUUCUGUGGGCAUUUAGAUCUUUUCCUUCGCUUCCUCCUCGGACUCUCAAUGGAGUCCAACCAGAAGCUGGUUCCGGCUGUGAGGAACUGUAGAAAGGCAGUACUCUCCGGCUGCAGGUUAAGUGAGAGAUGCUGUGAGACUUUAGCUUCUGUUCUUCAGAAUCCUGAAGCAGUUUUAAGAGAACUGGAUCUCAGUCUGAACGAUUUAGAAGAUUCAUCUCUGGCGUUUCUUCAGGUCGGUCUGAACAGUCCAUACUGCAGACUGGAGACUCUGAACCUCAGUCACGUCAACCUGGAGAUAAAAGGAGCAGAUCUUCUGCGUGCGAUUCUACUGGGUCCUCACAUCCAGCCACAAAUUCUCACACUCUUUUCUUGCAGUCUUACAGAUGACUGUGCUGAAGUUCUGCACUCGUCUCUUCUGUCGUCAGAGUGUCGACUGAAAGAGUUGGACCUCAGCUACAAUUUCUUCACCCCUGAUGGAAUAAAAGUGGUGCUUCAGGGUCUGCAGAGCCCUAGCUGUGAUCUAGAGAUAUUAAGGCUCUCGGGUAUUACUCUUGAUGCAGAUUGCUGCAUUCAUCUGGCCUCUGUUCUCAAACACUCGCUUUUGAGAGAGCUGAUUCUGGACAGAAGUAACGUCAGAAAUGAGGGAGCAGAGUAUCUGUGCAGUGGACUGAUAAGUUCACACUGUCAACUACAGAUACUGGGGCUGCGGGACUGUAAGCUCUCUCCGAAAGCUUGUUUAUAUCUGACCGUGGCGUUGAGCACUUACUCAGUUUUAAAAGAGCUGAACCUCGGAGAAAACGACCUGCAGGAUUCAGGAGCCAAACUUCUCUCUACUGGACUGAAGAAUCCAAACUGUAUCCUCCAGAACCUGCAGUUGUCUGGUUGUUUGAUCACAGAGGAAGGCUGUUGUUCUCUGUCUGCAGCUCUGAAGCUAAACCCCUCCUACCUGAGAGAACUGGAUCUGAGCUACAAUCACCCAGGAAUAUCAGAACAGCUGCUCUGUGAUAGACUACAGGAUCCACACUGCAGGCUGGAGACGUUACAUUUGGACCAUGGAGGACAUUCACGAAUCAGAGCUGGUCUUUGGAAGUACUUCCAGGAUCUCAGAAUGGAUCAGGUAGAAGGAGUUCUGAUUCGUUCUCCAGACGGGAAAGGAGUGUCUCGUUUUCCCCAUUUUCCUACGUUUUCAAUCGUAUAUAAUUCCGUUAAUACCGACUCGGAGUGGGCGCGUGGGCGCUGUGGGGACGGGCUGAUGGGGGGACGUUUUUACUGGGAGGUGGAAUGGACUGGUUUGGUCAACUUGGAUUUAACCAGUAAUGAAGAUUUUCAGCCCAAAUCUUUAGGACUAGCGUUGAUGGAAGUGGCGUGUAAGAUCUCGCGUACGGAUCGCUGCUACCGCAAGACGAUUCCUGUAGCUUUAAAGUUCAAAACGCACAGAAUCGGACUGUUUCUGGACUGGCCGGCGGGAACCCUGUCCUUCUACAGCAUUUUCCCACAGGGAGCAAAUCAUCUGUACACUUUUCACACAACCUUCCGUAAACCAAUGUACCCAGUGUUCCAUCUGGCACCACCCAACUGGAGGAAUGGGAUCUCAUCGGUUAUUCUCGCGACACCGUCGCCUCACUCUGUUCUGCAAACAAGAAAUCAGCUGUCUGAAAGACUUACAGCUCAGUUUUAGGAUGUUUAAAAUGAAAAUUAACUGGUAAGAUCGCGAAACAAAGUUACAAAAAAAAAAGAGAUUAACACUAUUUUACAAAAACUGAAACAAAAUUGCAAUGUUAUGUUUUAUCACUGUUAUGUAAAACUGUUGUGUUUUAUAUGUUGGUCUUUUAAAAGUAAUAAAGCAAUGAAACAUUAAAAAAUG